AUGGAUUUUGGAUCAAAAUAUGUUUAUAAAUAUGCUCAAUCAGAAUCAGAAUCAGUAUCUGAUGAUGAUGACAAUGAUGUACUUGGUAAUGAUGCUGAUCAAUUAUUUAGACCACAGGCUCAAUCAAGAAAUAUUGAAAGACGUCCACAACAUCAAGUCGUAUCUAUGCCAGAUAAAACUGCUGUAGUUAGUCAGAAACGAAAACGUUUACGUAAACCUGAUACUAAUGUUCUUAGUAUUACAUUCAAUAAAUUACUUCAACCAGGUGAAAUGCAUGCUGGUGAUCCUGUCUAUUGUACAGAAUGUACAGCAAUAGCAUCUCAUUUGAGUAAAAUUCAGGUAGAUAAAAAAGGAAGUACUACUUCAAAUGAUACAGAAUCAAAAUGGCGUUGUGAAUUUUGUCCAUAUAACAAUAUAGUUGAUAUUGAACAAGCAGAUUUACCUAAACAAGAAGAUGCAACAUAUUUACUUUCACCAGCACCAGUUGUUCACGGUUCAGAUAUGAGUGGUAUUGAUGAUUCGAUUGUUUUUUUUCUUAUUGACAUUAGCGGAUCAAUGGCAUCAACAACAUUAGUUCAUGGUAAUUUUAAUUUACCAAAUGCACUUAAACAACAAGAACGUGCUGCUGAAGCAUUUGGUGGUGCACAAAUGAUUAAACAAAAUCAUCAAACUUAUGUUACACGUUUACAAGGUGUACAAAUGGCUGUUGCUGCUAAUUUAGAUAAACUUGUUAAAGAUACACCAACAAAACGUGCAGUAUUACUUACAUUUAAUCAUGAAAUAACAUAUUAUGGUGAUGGUUCAAAAGAGGAACCAUUAGUUAUACGUGGUGAUAAAUUAAAUAGUACUAAUGAUUUAUUACAUGAAGCUGAACGUGAAUUUAAUAAUGAAUUAAAACCUGUUUCACAAACGAAAACAAAAUUAAUUGAACGUGUUUAUGAUCUUGAAGAAACUGGACAAACUGCACUUGGUCCAGCAGUUGUUUUUGCACUUAAUAUUGCAUCGAAACGACAAGGUUCAAAAAUAGUUAUUUGUACUGAUGGAUUAGCUAAUAUAGGUUUAGGCAGUUUAGAAAUGGCACAAGAUAAUAAAAUUAAUGAAGCUAUCAAAAAACAAGCUCUUCAUGAAGGAAAUCAAUUUUAUGCAGAUUUAACUGAACGUGCUAGAGACAAAGGUGUUAGUAUUUCUGUUAUAACUAUUAAAGGUACUUCGUGUUUACUUCCUGUAAUCGGUCAAAUGGCGGAUGGUACAGGUGGUAAUGUAACAAUUGUAGAUUUGUUAAAUAUAGGUGAUGAAUUUGCUUCAAUACUUGAACAACAAGUUAUUGCAACAAAUGUUGAAGCAACAUUAAUUGUUCAUCGUGGUUUAUAUAUACGUAAUCCUGAUAAUCCAGAUGAAAAACUUGGAAUAAUAAAACGUAAUAUUGGUAAUGUUACAAAACAAACUGAAGUAACAUUUGAAUUUGGUAUAAGAAAUAAACAAGAAGUAAAAGAAAAAUAUCAUAUAGAUUUGGAUCAAUUAGAACAAUUACCAUUUCAAGUUCAAGUUAUUUAUACAGCUGCUGAUGGUAGUAAAGCAUUACGUGUAUUGACACAAUUGAAAGAAGCAACUAAUAAUCGUGAUAUAGCUGAAGUUAAUGCUGUUCGAAGUGUUAUUGCAGAAAAUCAUAUUCGAAGUACAGCCAAUGAUAUGAUGACAGCAAUAUCUGAUGAUGAGGAAGAUGAUGGUGCAUCACGUAUGAUUUCAAAAUGGUCAACACCAGCUGUACAAAAGCAACGUUUAGCUUAUAUGGAUAAUCUAAAUUCAAAAGCACGUAGUCAUGGAUCUUAUCAAACUGAUCAAUUUAAUGAAAAACGUUGGAACAAAGCAAGUAAUGAUUUACAAGCACAAGUUAAUUCAUCAAGAUCUCGUAAAGUUCUUGCAUUAAAAUCAUCGACACCAGCAAUACAAGCAUUAACAUCUGGAUCAAGUGGUUUUGCAUCUAAUGCUAUAGGCGAUCAUUUAUCACAACCUUUCUCUCGUUUGAGUAGCGAAGAAGAAACUGAUAAAAGUGCUGUUGUUUCUGUAGUAUCAUCGAGGAAUACUCCAAAACGACAUUAUGGUUUUGCUACAUCAAAUCUCAGCCAUUUCUCUGAUCAACAUUCCGAAGAUCUUUAUCGAUAUAAAAAUAUCUCAUCAAGUUAUAUGCGUGGAACAAGCCCAGAACGAGAUGAUGAUCGUCCACCUAUAAUAUCAGAUAGUAAUCGUUUUGAUACUAGAAGAAAUUACCGUGACGUUGAAUCAAAUAAUCCUUCGAAUAUUGAUCGUUUUGCCAGAAGGCGACAUAAUGACGAUCAAAUGGCGGGUACAUCGACUACCAGUCGAUUUGCAUUGAGACAAAGAAAUAACGAUAAUACACGAGUUGAUAUUUCCGAUACUAAUCGCUUAGUAGAUAGACGAAAUAGUAAUGAUGAUGAUGAUGAUAAUCAACGAGAUACUGCAUCAAAUAUUAAUCGUUCAGAAUUUGAACCUAAAAAAGAAUAA